AUGCUCGUUGAUCUCAAUAUUCCGUGGCCUCAAUCAUCUUACGAUGUAAAGCCUACCGUGGCUGACAUAGAUCAGCUAAAACGCACACUGGUAACCCUUCAUACGCUCGGAUAUUCUCAUGUGGCGCUUAAUUUUACUCUUGCGCCCACUGUCAAGCUCCCUCAGUCCAAGAACCAAAGGAAUCCAAUUGAUCUAAGUUUGCUAGAGGAUGUUUGUGCCGCCACCACGCUGAAACUAUACACAAGAAUUACUAUUGUUCUUGAAGGGUCCUCCAAUCGGUCGGUCCUCAGCUCUGUCGCCGACGUAUUUGAUGUCGUCGCCGUAAUGCCAACCAGUCCAAACGGACUGGCCGUUGCUACUGCAUCCCUAGACAUGGAUCUACUGAGUUUUGAAUACUCCAAGCGCCUCCCAGCCAUCCUGAAACACAAGGCUAUCUGCAGCUGCGUAAAACGUGGCGUUAAGAUCGAGAUUGUUUACUCCAAUGCGCUGCGUGAUAAACAUGCCAGAAAACAGUUCAUCAUUAACUGCAAGAACGUCAUCCGCGCCUCCCGCUCCCGUGGCCUGGUCAUCAGCAGCGGCGCGCAGUCCCCUGUCGAGUGCAGGAACUUGCUCGGCGUCUCCAGCCUAGUCAACUUCAUCGGUCUCAAACAGGACAAAUGCAGCAAGGCAAUGACCGAGCUCGCCGCUCUUGUCCUCCUAAAGGGUAGACUCAGAGGCUGUAGCCAUAGAGAAACAGUCGUCGUCGGCAGCGGCGACCCAGAUAUCGUCAAUGACCAGUCCGUCCGCGCCGCCAACCCGCUCAAGAUCGUCAAGCGCACCCACAGCGAGGACAUCGACGACGACCAGUCCCUCCACGCAGAACGGCCUCCCAAGCGCCAGCUCACCCAACCAGGCAGCUCCUGA